AUGGAGGGCGGCGACCAGGCCACCGACUGGGACAGCGACGAGACGGUGAUCGAAGGGUCGGUGACGGAGAGCGACCCGGAGGACGAGGAGCUGCCCUGGCGAAGGUUGCUCUUUGAUCAAGACACAUCUCUUAGAUCUGUGUACAAGUUCCAUCCUGGAAUAAGUACAACAUGGAAAGGCACAACUUCUCCUGAGAUUCAGCUUGCAUUCAAACUCAGAGAGGAUCCACAAAAACAACUCAGUGCAAAUAAGUUGCCUCUCCAUAAUGAGGAUAAAAUUUUACAGAAACCUCAAGAUGAAAUGGAACAAAAUCAAGUUCUAUUACAGACUAGACAAAACUGUUCAAGGUUGACUGAGUCAUAUUCCCAGGCUGAACUUUUGCUGAGCCACCAAAGCAUGAAAGGGUUUUCUCUCUUCAUCUCUAACUCUCUACAGCACGAGGUAAUGGUAUUGGGAAAAUAUGAUUUUUCUGAACUGAGUGAAGACAGAGACUCUGCUGAAAUUAGCCUCCUUUCAGGUACUUUUCUCACAGUAUCUGAUACGGCUCUUGUCAAAGAUAAGUUGUUAAUAGAGCCUGAGAAGAUGUUAAUCGGAUCACAUAUAUUUUCUGAGCCUGGAAUGGAAGUCACGUUGGAAAUGACUUCUGAAGAAAAGAGUGAAGAAAACUCCCUUGAAACUUUUGUGUCUGCCCUAGAAAUUACCGAAGAGGAUAGACUAUUAGAAAUAAUGAGUGAUUUUGAGCCUACAGAGUUAAUAAACCCGUUGAGUAAAUCUGCAAAUUCUAUAUCAAUUCCUUUGACAUGUCACAGAGAUUUACUAGAACACACAAAUGAUAAUGCAUUGCCAACUGAGUUAUUAUCAUCAUCUUUAAAUCCAAAAUCAGAAUCCCAGGUGGACCCCAUUUGCCAUAGAGUAGAGGAGGGCAACAGUGUCAGUGCUGAAAGUAAACGUUUAGGGAUUGAACGUACUUUGUCUCAGACUAAUGAAGAUUCUACACACAUAGCAGAGGAGAGCUUUGAUACUUGUGAAGACCAAAAUCCAUUUGAAUUACAAACUUUGGUGCACCAAAAUGUCACCUUUUGUGAUCCACUAAAUAAUGAGGGAAAUUCCAAUCCAUUGGAUGUUAACUCUGAUCAGGACACUCCUAUUGUAUUAAGGAGGUCAUCCAGACUGAAAAUAGGUAGACAAGAACAGCACAGAGAUGAGAGGUGUACAAUGUCAGAAAAGAUUCUACCAGAAAUGGUUGACCGUGAGGAUCAAACAAGUCGUGACUCCUCAAAUGAGAAUUCUAGAAUGCAGAAUCCUGCUUUAGUAAUCGAAGCUAAAGGAAAGAACGCACAUUCAUCCAGACUCAAGAGUAGAGAACAGAUCAGGAAAAGCAAAAAACUUGCAAAAAAAUAUGAGAAAAUGCAGUUGGAUAAUAUACCCCUGUCUGCUAUUAACCGGAGAAAUGUAUUUGGAGAGAACUUACUGUAUAAGGCUGCUCUGCAUGAUGACACAAAUCUUGUUCUUCAUUAUUUAAAACAGGGUGGAAAUGUUAAUCAGCAGAGUUAUGCUGGUUGGACAGCACUUCAUGAAGCUUGUGUAGGAGGAUUUUAUCAGACUGCAAGCGAAUUAAUAAAAGGUGGAGCAGAUGUAAAUAUCAAAGGAAUGUACCAGAUCACUCCUCUACAUGACGCAGUAGUGAAUGGGCAUUAUAAGGUGGCAGAAUUACUUCUCUUGAAUGGAGCUGAUCCAUUACUUAGAAGUGAUAGUGGAAAGUGUGCCCUGGAUGAAGCCAAGGAUUCUCGUGUGAAGCGUCUCCUUGAGAGAUAUGUUUCUAAACAUCAAAAACCUCUUAGAUCAGCUCAGAAGAACAGCGUCGACCUAGUCGAUGUAGAAGAUACACACCAGCACAAGAAACCCAAAUACAGUUCCAGAAAAUGCACUGGGUUUACUUUUGAAGAAAAUUCCAACAGAAAGAAGCCAGAACAUAUUAAUUUAGGUAGAGAAAGUAAAGAAUACUUACGUAUAAAUAAAGAAGAUGUAUAUGAGCAUCACCAAAAACGUUCUGCAAACAUAAGACUUGGUAAAUCAAAGCAUAAGGAAUUAAUUUUAAACCAAACUAAGUCUAGAGGUCUCAGGAAAGAUAAUCUUCCUUAUGUCAAAGAUUCGAGCUCAGAUAUAUCUAAAGAUAAAGGAAUAAGAAACACUCGACAUAAACGGACUCGGAUGGAUGAUACAAUUCAAGCAGUUAGUCCAAGAAAGACUGCAGCUGUUUCUUCUUCUGGCAGAAUAAAGAGAUUGGUUAUUGAUCAACAGCAUAGUCCCCAAACCCUUGAUGAUUUUCCUGAAGAGUCAUGUAAGCCAGACAGCUCAACUGUGUCAAGCAUGAAAAAUGCAUUAGGUAACAAUAUUGAGAUUUUUUCAGUUAGCAAAGAGAAAUAUACCCAGGACCUAGAUCCAUCAACUAGUCAAGAAAUAAAAAUUUUGGAAUUAAAAUCUGUUGAGCAAGCUGAAACUAUUUCUUUCUCAGGAAUUUCUUCACAUAAAAAAAUUGAGUCAUCAUUUGUUAUUACAGAAGAGCUAUCUCACACUCACAAAGAGAAACAACAAAUUAGUUCUUGUAAGUCUUAUGAAAACAGCAACUUGGGACAAAAAGAUGAGAGCAUAAAUAAAUGGGAAAAGUCUUUCCUAUUCUUUAUAGAGAAAAAGCGUAAUGAUGAAAUUGAUCACUGUGCUUCUGAGGAGACUGUGACAUCUAAAAUGGUAAUGAGUUCUAUCGAUCACAAAACCCACUGUGAUUACAAAGAGAAUAUGACAUAUAGAGAUGAGAUGGAUUUGCAACCACAUUUACUUUCGGAAGAUCAUUUUUCACAGGAAAAUGAGUUCAAAGCAGAUGUUCUAACCAUACUCCCACAACAGGAAGCUGUUCAUUUUUCUGACUCAGACAAUACAGUAGUUUCUGGACAACAUGUUGACCAACACAUAUAUGGAACUUCUUUGGAUCACUCACAAAACAAUUUUGAGCAUACUUCCUUGGCUCAUAUGAGAACACUUUCAACACAUGAAAUUUCAGAGUUGACUAGUCAGGUGGAGGUAUUUGAAAAACGGCAGGAUUGUAAUCUCAUGAUGCCAACUCCUUUAACAAAUCAAACAGAUACACAUAAUGUGGAAAAGGUAGAUCAGCAAGAAGAGAUCAAAAGGAAUUACACCAACAAAAGCCCAGAUCCAGGUUCUUCCAACAGGCCUUUGUCCACAGGUCAAGUAAUAGGAACAAUGGAAGUUGAACAAAGAAGAGAAGACCUACCAGACACUGAAGUCAUAUGUAAUAUAAAUUUUCAUUCCACUGAUAAUAUAAGUGAUGAUUCAACCAGCAUCUCCCAAUUUAUUCAUAGAGAAACAAGGAAAGCAUCUCACAAACCAGAUGAAGAAUUAACUAAUACAAUUGAAGACGAAAUCACUUCUUCCACCUCACGGAAUUGUGAGAUGGAAGAAAUAAGAGAUUCAGAAAUUCAUGUGCCCACUUGUGUUCAAGAACACAAAAAAAUUAAGAAUUUCAGCCUAAACCAAAAUCUUUUGAAAGAUACUUGCAGGCAAGAAAUGAAAACAGCUGGGGUCAGUAAGAGGAAUGUUACAGGGGAAAGCCAGCUUCAUUCGGCUGCCAGAAGAGGAAAUGUGUCUCUGGUGAAAUCGCUAAUAGAAUCUGAAGCAGAUGUGAAUUUAAAAGAUAAUGCAGAUUGGACACCAUUUCAUGAGGCAGCAAGUGAAGGAGCCAAAGAUGUAAUUGGAGAGUUGUUGAUAGCUGGUGCAGAUGUUAAUUGUGAAAACAUAGAUGGAAUACUGCCUUUACAUGAUGCUGUUGCAAAUAAUCAUUUAAAGACAGCUGAGAUUCUACAGCAUCAUGGAGCAAACCCUAAUCAGAAGGAUAAAAAACAGAACGCCACUUUGGAUAAAACAGGUAAUGUGACAAUGCUAAAAUCUUACGGUACUACUGAGACUGAUAACAGAGAUGAGAAUAAUACUAUAGAUACUGUACAAAUUCCUUUUGCUCAGUCAAAAAGAUGUAAGCAGCGUAUUUAUGAUGACCACAAAACUAUUGAUCCACCUUGUCUUACACGCCAAAGACGGACAAGACAAAUUCAUCCUGUGCAUCAGAAAAUCAGUGCCAUUCUGCAAGAUAUAGAAGAAAAGCAAGAAAAUUUAUUAGAGUUUGAAAUAAAAACCCCUGAAGAUGCAGAGGACUACAUUGAAAAGAUGUCAGAAAUAAAAGAAGUAAUGGAUAGUGUGCUUUCCAAACAGAAGGCAGAAAGGGAUGAUCUAGCUAAAAAAUACAGGGUGUCUAUAGAAUCAUUUAAGCAUGGAGUCCUGAGAGAGCAGCUGGCUAACUUGGCCACAAGACAGAAGAAACUUUUAGUUGUGGCCCAAAAACAGAAAGAAAUUAGCCUGAAAAUCCAAAACUAUAAGAAUGUCAAAUCAUUGUCCUCAGGUCUUACUUUGAAGAAGCAGCCUUCCAGUUCAGAAGCCUCAGGCUAUAAGGAUAGUCAAGAAUUUCCUAGUCUGGGACAGUCAGUGCAGUGUCAGCCACGUGCGCUUUCUCCUGACAGCCUUGUAUGUGGAAGCAUGGAAGAAGAUACACAGUUGUCUCAGGAAAUGGGGAAUCAUAGCCAGCCUACCAACCCAUAUCCAGAUGCAGAGACAAUGAGAAGAGGAGAAAUUUCUGGAAAAGAGCUGAAUUCUAAACUAAACAUCGAUAAGCAUACCCUAGAUGGGUCCUUCCAACGUAGACAGCCAGACGGCAACGAGUUACUUUCCCAGCCUCUUUCUUUUAUUACUCAAGCAGAACAUUCUCCAAACAGCAGUGGUCCCAGAGAAACUAUAGCCAAAGGGUCUGCGCCCAAUAGUCCUUCCAAAGUUAGCGGCACAUUAAGUAUUUCAGAAACCACAUUAAAUAUUUCGGAAACCCAAGAUAAGGCCUAUCCGUUAUCUGUAGUUUGUGAUCAGACUCUUUUUAGUGGGGAUCCAAAAAUUAAGAAUAGGAAAACUAUUUCCCAGCAACUGCCUCAGGGGGCAUCAGAAUCCCCCAAAAUCAAGACAUUUUCUGUCUCAGGCGAGGAGGCUGGGCAUCAGAUGAAACCGUAUCUUCAAAAAUCAGCUUCUGCUGCGCCACGCACAAAUGACAGCCAGGCCUGCCACUCCUCUGCAUCGAGCCCUCCCCGCACUAUCAGAAAGCCUUCCAACCACAGCACGGCUCCAAGAAAGAAGCACAUGCAAAUAAAGGAUCUUAUAUUGCUAGGGAGAAUUAGUCCCGGAAAGAACAUUCUAGAAUUCAAGACACAGGAGACUACUCACAAAGCUAGUGUUUUAUUGAGUGGAAAAAUUAAAGUAGAAACUGGUCAGAUUUAUCAAAAUCCAGUCACCUGGCUCAAGGAUCUUCUAGGAGGGAACAGACGUGUGACCUGGAAUUAUGCUUGGAAUAAGGUAACAUACUUGGGAAAGGAGCUUUUAAAGUACGUCUCUGAGGAAGUGCCCACACCUCCAGAAGCCAGCUCUGCGGCUCAGCAGCAUCAGCUUUGUCUCCCAGGAGUUUCCAGAGAGUCCAUGCAAAGCAUUCCACAUUAUCUGCAAAUAAAUGAAAUAUUAUUAAUCAACGAUCAAGAAUUUCUCCCACACCAUAUAAUGGAUGAGCACUGGAAGUUCUAUACGGAAUGUGAUGAACUAGCAUUCUAG